ACACCAGUUCCGAUCAGAGAAAUCUUGAAUUCUCCGACCACAAAGGCACAAACUUAUGCCUUUUAACUCUGUUUUCGUCAUAGGAUCUUAGAGAACCAAAAGCUUUGAGUGUGGCUGGGAAGAAGAAGAAGAAGAAGAAGAAGAAGAAGAAGAAAACAGCGAAAUCGAUUCGAAGUUAUUGUUGUCGUAGCCAGGAGGAAGAGGGAUGGGAGAUGUCUGGACAUGGAUCAUUUCAUUCUUAAUCCUUAUCACUCUUAUCGGAUUCAUCGUUUAUCAGCUUAUUUGCUUAGCUGAUCUCGAGUUUGAUUACAUCAACCCUUACGACUCUGCAUCAAGAAUAAACUUUGUGGUAUUACCAGAGUUCAUUCUUCAAGGAGCUCUAUGUUUAUUCUACCUCGUAACUGGUCACUGGUUCAUGGCACUGCUCUGUGUCCCUUAUCUCUACUACAAUUUCCAACUUUACUCGAAAAAACAGCAUUUGAUAGACGUCACAGAGAUUUUCAACUUGCUUGAUUGGGAGAAGAAGAAACGACUCUUCAAGCUCGCUUACAUAAUCCUCACUCUCUUCCUCACCAUUUUCUGGUUAAUCUAUUCAACACUGGAUGAUUACGAGGACUGAAGGCGAUAGGCAACGCACCGUUUGAAUGAUCAAACCCUCUCUUGCUAAAAGGUUUAUUGUAUCUUAAUUACAGUGGAUGUUGUUAGGGUUUGUGGCAUUUAGAGAUUUGUGUAAUCUUCAGAAACAGAUUUAUAGUCUGUAGAGAACGUUCUCUUGAUCUUGUGGUGUGAUGCAGUUAAGUGUGUUAACACCAGAGCUAUUAAUGUUUUUAGUUAUCAAAAAUUGGAACCCUCUAAUUUGUUCAGCGGUUUUAGUCCUUUUGUAGGGUUUAAGUACUUUUAAAAGUUGACAAAUUCUUCAAUUGUCUUGUCGUUCAA